UUGUGUGAAAGUGAAAGCAGCCACUAGAAUGACACAAAAAGAGAGCUUAGAUUUUCUUUAAAUGAAUCCAAGGACCGUCUUAUGCGUAUCAAGAAUCCACAAACCUUGUUGCUUGUCUCUUCACUUCUCUUCCUCAUCUUCUAAAUCCAAUGCCAAACUUUCUGAUGACUCAAGUUACAGCCUUUCCACCUGCGUUGCCUCUUUACAAGGCUGUGCGCACCACAAGAAUCUCAGCAAAGGCAAAGAACUCCACUCUUACAUGCUCACCAAUACCUUUCUUAACUCUCCUGUAUCCACCACAAGCCUUAUCAACAUGUACUCAAAAUGCAACCGAAUGGAAGAUGCUGUUUUGGUGUUCAAUCACCAAGCCCAUCAUUGCAAUGUGUUUGCCUAUAACGCAAUCAUUUCUGGGUUUGUGUUAAAUGGGCUUGCGGAAGAUGGGUUUGAGUUUUAUAAGCGUAUGAGGGUGUUGGAUGUUAGGCCAGACAAGUUUACUUUUCCUUGUGUGAUCAAAGCUUGUUGUGAUAUUGUGGAGGUUUUGGAGGUUAGGAAGAUUCAUGGGCUGUUGUUUAAACUUGGGUUGGAGUUGGAUGUGUUUAUUGGCAGUGCUUUGGUUAAUACCUAUUUGAAAUUUGGGUUGAUUGUAGAGGCACAGGAGGUGUUUGAGAAAUUGCCUGUGAGGGAUGUUGCGCUUUGGAAUGCGCUGGUUAAUGGGUAUGCACAAAUUGGGAGGUUGGAUGAGGUUUUGGAGGUUUUCAAGAGAAUGGGUAAAGAAGGGGUUGUUCCUAAUAGAUUUACGGUUACCGGGGUGUUAUCGGUUUUGGCUUUGAUGGAGGAGUUUAACAAUGGGAGAGCAAUUCAUGGGUUUGCGAUGAAAAUGGGGUAUGUUUCAGGUGUCGCAGUUUCCAAUGCCUUGAUUGAUAUGUAUGGGAAAUGCAUGCAUAUUGGAGAUGCUUUGGAAAUUUUUGAGACGAUAAAUGAGAAAGAUAUAUUUUCAUGGAAUUCAAUCAUAUCUGUUCAUGGACAAUGCGGAGAUUAUGAUGUUACUUUAAGACUUUUUGAUAGGAUGUUAGGUGCUGGAGUUAAGCCUGAUUUGGUUACUAUCACAGCAGUCCUUCCUGCUUGCUCUAAUCUGGUUGCACUGAUGCAUGGAAGACAGAUUCAUGGGUAUAUGAUAGUCAAUGGGUUGGGGAAGGAUGGCAAUCAUAAAGAUACUGAUGAUGUGCUAGUGAACAAUGCUAUUAUGGACAUGUAUGCAAAAUGUGGCAGUAUGAGAGAUGCUCAUUCAGUUUUUUGUAAGAUGAGAAAUAAAGAUGUGGCCUCAUGGAACAUCAUGAUCAUGGGUUAUGGCAUGCAAGGUCAUGGUGAUGAGGCUUUGGAUGUGUUUUCUCGUAUGUGUGAGGCACAAAUUAAGCCUGAUGCUGUCACAUUUAUUGGGGUAUUGUCUGCAUGCAGCCAUGCAGGCCUUGUGAGACAUGGGCGUGAGUUAUUGACGCGGAUGAAGUCAAAAUAUGGUGUGGAUCCAACUAUUGAGCAUUAUGCCUGUGUGAUUGACAUGCUCGGUCGAGCUGGGCAGCUUGAGGAUGCUUAUGAAUUGGCAAAAGCAAUGCCUAUCGAGGCCAAUCCAGUGGUAUGGAGGACUUUGUUAGCAGCAUGUCGGCUCCAUGGUAAUGCUGAUCUUGCUGACGUUGUUGUACGACAGGUUCUUAAACUUGAACCAGAGCAUUGUGGAAAUUAUGUACUAAUGUCAAAUAUUUAUGGAGUAAGCGGUCGAUAUGAAGAUGUAUUAGAUAUUAGACAGGCAAUGAGGCAACAAAAUGUGAAAAAGGCACCAGGGUGUAGUUGGAUUGAGCUCAAGAAUGGUGUGCGUACUUUUAUUACGCGUGAUAUGACCCAUCCUGAAACCAACCUUAUUUAUGUAACUUUAAAUUCAUUGACUGUGCGUAUGCAUGAGUAUGGUUAUGUGCCUAAUCUCUAACAUUGGGGUUGUGCUGAAAAUCUAGCAUGGAACUAUGCCAAUAGGAAAUUCUUUAAUUUUCCCUGGGAUAGGCGGGAAAGAAGGCAAACUAAGAUUGUAUCAAAGAGUAUUAACAGUUUUGUUUUGGUUUGUGUGCCAAACAAAGUGGCAAUGUUUUGCAUCAGAUAAUUUUGAUAUUUUAAAGGAAAAACAACACUACUACUGUACAAUGCAUUCAAGAUCAUUCACUGGACAGCAUCAGGAGAAAAGAGCCUGAAUCCACAAAAGGAUCAUGAUUGAGUUGAGCACUAGAAGACUAACCUGAGCUUAUGUCCCCAACUUACAGGUUGAUUCAUAUUCCUCUUUAAAAUUUUUUCCGGUAUCUAAUGGUCAUGGGAUUCUCUGUGUAUUCAGAAAAUACAAAUUUUAUAACAUGUGGUAGUUCAAAUCCAUAUUUUUAAUCCGUGUAUACUUUUUUUUAAAAAUUAAUUAUUAGCAGUGCACAGUAUAAACUCAAUUGCUGCUUGAACUUUUGGUGAAGUGGAUGAAUUAUGGAUGUUGUUCUCAGGUUUCAUGUCACCCCCAUGCCAAUGAAACUUUUUACUUGACAUCAAUGACACUAGCUAUGUGUUGACCUAUGCUCAUGUAGUAAGUUCACACUACUCAUUUGACCGCUGCAUUAACGAAACAUUUACUAGAAUGGUGACCAAGGUUGUUUGAAGCCUAGGAGGCCAAAACGAUUAUAGAAAAUAUAAUCAAGGGUUUUUUUUUUUUUUUUUUAAUAGGAAAAUAUAGUAGAGUUGAGCACUUCAGGAAUGUUGAAAGUCCUUAUAUUGACCAGAAUACUCUGUCCGUCUGUACUAGAGCUUCUUUCUGUCAUUGCUAGUACAGCUAAGUUUCCUUGUUUCAUUUAUGCGUUUUAGAUGAAUAUCUUGCAAAGUUACUUAUUUUCCUGAUUGAAUUAGAUUAUAUAUAUUUGCUUGAGAUCGUAGUCAUGUCUGUAUGUGUGUGUGUGUGUGUGGCUUUACCUUUAUUGGUGGCAGAACCCCUUUGGCAAUCUCUUCCUUCUGUAAAUGCUUCGUUUAGCAGAUUCAAGUAUGGUAAAAAGGAAUUCAGACACAAAAAAAACAAAUGAUUCGGACACAAACAAAACAGAUGAGGAUCUGGAAAGUCAUGAAACUGGCAGUUUUAAGCCUGAUUGAGACUCAGUGAAGUUCUCUCCUGAUAUAAAUAGUAUUGCAAGUUCAGCUGUGAUUCCUGUGAAGUAUUCUGCUACCUCUAAUUUGUAAACAUCAAUAAGGCGUGGUCUUGCCAUGAUCUUUAGUUGCCAGGUCUGUGAAAACAUUUUGUCUCAAAUCAUGUGAGAAAGGGGUGGUGGUAGCAUGUUGUAGUAGGUGUAAUAAUCUACACCUGCUUGCAGAUUUUCUCAUAUGGUUUAGAGAACCAGGGAACUUUUGAAGAAUACCUAGCUGCUUGUGACAAGGAAGUGAAGAAUGGUUCUGUUGAGACCUUGAAUCUGAUGCUUGAAGAUUUAGCUGGAAGGAUACUGUGAAAGAAUUAUACAACAGUAUUACAGAUAAGAUAUCUAAGUUAUAAAUAAUUUUCGUUGAACCUAA